AUGUCUCUUACUAAGAAGUUAACUUUGGACAAACUGGAUGUUAAAGGGAAACGUGUCAUCAUGAGAGUGGACUUCAAUGUUCCCAUGAAAAAGAAUCAGAUUAUAAACAACCAGAGAAUCAAGGCUGCCAUCCCAAGCAUAAAAUACUGUCUCGAUAAUGGAGCCAGGUCAGUCGUUCUUAUGAGUCACCUAGGUCGUCCUGAUGGUAUUCCCAUGCCUGAAAAAUACUCCUUACAGCCUGUUGCUGCUGAGCUACAGUCCUUGUUGGGUAAGAAAAUACUGUUUCUGAAUGACUGUGUGGGAAGGGAAGUGGAGAAAGCCUGUGCCAGACCACCUACAGGUUCUGUCAUCCUGCUAGAGAAUCUGCGCUUUCAUAUAGAAGAAGAAGGGAAGGGCCUAGAUUCUUCUGGAAAUAAAAUUAAAGCUGAGCCAGGAAAAACUGAAGCCUUCCGAGCCUCACUCUCCAAGCUAGGGGAUAUAUAUGUGAAUGAUGCUUUCGGCACUGCUCACCGGGCCCACAGUUCCAUCGUGGGAUUGACUCUGCCACAAAAAGCUUCUGGAUUUCUGAUGAAGAAGGAGCUUGACUACUUUGCCAAAGCCUUGGAAAAUCCAGAAAAGCCCUUUCUAGCUAUACUAGGUGGAGCUAAAGUGGCAGACAAGAUCCAACUCAUCAAAAAUAUGCUUGAUAAAGUCAAUGAGAUGAUUAUUGGAGGUGGAAUGGCUUAUACUUUCCUCAAGGUACUCAACAACAUGGAGAUUGGUAAUUCCCUAUUUGAUGAAGAAGGAGCCAAGAUUGUCAAAGAUAUCAUGGACAAAGCUAGUAAGAAUGGUGUGAACAUUACAUUUCCUGUUGACUUUGUGACAGCUGACAAGUUUGAUGAGAAUGCUAAAACUGGCCAAGCCACUGUGUCAUCUGGCAUACCUGCUGGCUGGAUGGGUUUGGACUGUGGACCUGAGACCAACAAGAAGUUUGCUGAAAUUGUGGCCCAAGCCAGGCUAAUUGUGUGGAAUGGGCCUAUAGGGGUAUUUGAAUGGGAUUCCUUUGCUAAUGGAACAAAAUCCCUCAUGGAUGAAAUUGUAAAAGCCACUUCCAAAGGCUGUAUCACCAUCAUAGGAGGUGGAGACACUGCUACUUGCUGUGCCAAAUGGAACACUGAAGACAAAGUCAGCCAUGUGAGCACUGGAGGAGGUGCCAGUCUAGAGCUUCUGGAAGGUAAAAACCUUCCAGGAGUGGAGGCUCUCAGCAAUGUGUAG